GCUCAAGGAGAUGAUCACCUCCUCGACUUCGCGCUGUCUCCAACGACUAUCUCUCCACCAUCAUGAGGCCUACGGCAUUGCUCAAUGCCUUUCAGGGCCUUCGAGUGUCGACGCCCAUUGCGACGAGGGCACUGACCACAUCGAUUCGUCCGCGAUUGGCUGUGCCCGCAGCAGCAUCUCAAUCCAAGCACAAUGCCCGGCCAUUCUCGUCGACAACAGCCCGCCAUGGUACCUGGCUCGAACCGUCGAUCGACCGGACGAAGAAGAUGAUGAAGGGCCGUCCGCGCGUGGCGACUGGCGGCUCAACGAAGGGAACGACCGUGAUGUGGGGCGAUUACGGUUUGCGCAUGACGGACCAUCAUAGAAGGAUCAGCGCGAAGCAGCUCAAGAACGCCGAAGACACGAUCAAGAUGCGGCUCCGUGGACAGAAGUACAGGCUGUAUAAGAGGGUCUGCUGCAACGUGGGCGUCUAUGUAUCCGGAAACGAGAUGCGUAUGGGAAAAGGAAAAGGCUCGUUCGACCACUGGGCCGCUCGUGUCGCCGUCAGUCAGAUUGUCUUUGAGAUCAAAGGAAUGCUACACGAGGCGGUUGCGCGUGAUGCAAUGCGUCUAGCUGGGAACAAGCUGCCUGGUCAAUGGGCGUUCGUGCGCAAGGGCGAGCCGCCAGUUGUUGGUAUCACAAAAUUGCACGGUGUCACACUAGAAGACUUGAAGCGGCCGAGGAAGAAGAUUACCCCUUCAGAGGCACUGGAGCAAGCCCCUACAACACCAACUGGGUCCGCGGGUGCUUCGCCAUCUGCUGCGGCUUGAUAGAAAGAUGCAUUAUAGUCGGUCUGUGUACAAAACGAAGCUAGCCAUUGUGUACAAGAGGAGCGAGGCAGUUGUUGCGAAUGGAACCUUGUAUCAAUAGAGUCAAAUGCUUGAGGAUUCAACGCUCAAUGUCUUAUAGGCUGUAAACGUUUCGCAGAUGUACAUGGAGGUAUGCACGUAAACCAACCCUCUUCAGUGUAUUUUAAUGCAACUUGUGCUCCGGCA